AUGGCAGGUCCCUCCAAACUCAGGGCCUCGAAACGUCCAUUCCGUGAACAGAAGAAGCAGAUGAAGCUCCAAUUCUCGCCUCUGCCAUCAUCAUCAUCGCCCGCGAAGGAAAGAUACAACGCCGCCGUGCAAGAUCGACUGGCUGGUAUAUCCUAUGAAGGAGCAAAAGAUCCAACUCGAGCAGCCCGUAGGCUGUCGCCCGAGUCAGCCUCUUUACCCAGUCCCGAGCCUUCCUCCCAGAUCGCAGGCGAAACCCAAGAGGCUACUGAAAUGUCUCCGCAUGCCCCAUUCCCAUCCUUGCUCACCCACGACCGCGUCACGCACAUGCGAUUGGGAAGUGAUUCCGAUGAAGACGAUCCGGUGUCGCCAGCUCAGAAGAGACGCAGAGUCUCCAGUGCCUUACAGCUAGUUCCUACGCCUACAUCAAUGCCUUCGCGACGAUCUAGGCGGUUGCACCAGGGUUCAUCCUCUCCACUGAGAUCAAGUAUACCGGCCUCGGAUGAAGACGUAUCGGACGAGCUGCAAAGCUCACCACAAAGAAGGAGGUCUGGUAGGCUGCGAAGGAGAUUGUUGUCACACACGGCACGCACCACCAGAUCAGAGUCUACCCACGGAAACGUCUCGCCCCCCACACUCUCCCCCGCCAAUAAAGAAUUGACGUUGUCCGAUAUUGGAUCGCCAGAAACAAGUGACAAUGAUGUGGUCAUGGUAACAAAACCUACUCUCCGGAGGAAGUCAAGAAUAGAUAUGGACGAUCCUUUCGUCGUCAACGACGACCAAUUGACGGCUGCUUCAGACGAGGAGCAUCCGAGAUUGAAAUCACCGAAGAAAAGCAAGAUCAAAAGCAAUGUUUUCAUCGUGAGUGAUGAUGAGGUUGAAUAUGUCUCUUCUGAAGAUGAAGACGAUGACGACGGCGUGCAUGCGCCUGUCAGAACCCGCCGGCAUCCAUCAAUGCCCAAAUCUUCAUCCAAACGCCGCGAACGGACCCGAGAGGAGCAGGACGAGCUGGACGAAGAUCUCCAGGAUCUGCAAGACUCGGACCAACGGACUCCGCACACCGAGACGCGCCGGACGAGAGGCGGCCCCGUUACUACUGAAAGAGACAAAACAAGGGAGCACUUCGACCUUCUGAAACGAAGACGCGCUGGCGAAAAGAUCACUCGCAUUGCAGAUUCGGAUGAAGACGAGAUCGAUGGAAAUGUGGAGGCUGCUGACAUCGAGUUCAUCGGCGAGCCGGAUGAUGACCUUUCUGAAGGGCAGUCGGACACCAGUGGUAUGGACUCGGGGGUACACGACCGCGAUGUGGAGCACGUCGUGGACGAAGACGAUUUUAUCGAAUAUGAUACUGAGGGCAGGCAUGGUCGACCACAUCAGGACAUCCCUCUGCAGUUCACAUCAUUUGCGUCUAAGAAGCCAAAGGAAUUGUUCAUUCAUAUUAUCGAGUGGAUGGUGAAGAACAAAAUCGCGCCGGCCUUCAACCGGGAAGACCCUGUCUACAACUUGGCUUUUGCUCGAGUAGAUGACCAAGUCCGGGCGCAAGCGGGAAGCAGGCUGAUCUCUUCUGCGUGGGGAGACCAGUUCAAGCACACAAUCUUGGCCAGGCCGAAUAUGAGGGUCGUGGCACUUCCAGGCGAAGACGAGGACCACAUGCGCACAUGCGAUGCUUGCAACCGGACCAACAAUCCAGCUCGAUACGAAUUCGUCUUCAGUGGCGAACCCUACUUCAAGAAGACAUUGGAGCCUGUCGACAACUCGGAUGAUGAAGAGGACGAGGAAGCAGAGGAGAGGGAAAGAGCUGACAGUGAUGAUAUUACAUAUGACGAGGCGGGUCAUUUGAUCGCCUCGUCGAGCACACGCUUCUUCCUGGGUCGCUUUUGCGCUGCCAACGCCGAGAUGGGCCACAAACUGACGCAUUGGAAAUACCGCCUGAACGAGUCACUCAUGGCUUAUCUGGAAUUGCAAGGCGUAUUGUCAGCGGACGCGAUCGUCGCUCGCGAGAAAAUGAACAAAAAGAAGCGUGAAAAAGAAGCGGAAAACAUCGUGGACAGCAUGGAAGCGACAGGCGUGAUUGAUACCUUCUGGAAAGACUUCGAGAACGAUCUCAACGAUGCAAGGUUGGGUAUGGAGGACUUUGAGAAGAGAGGCGGCCGGACGAAGGGGAGGGCCGGCGCCAUUCGAGCGAAGAGUGGCAGGUUAGUCAAGGAAUGGGACAAGGAUAGAUUGAAAGUGGCAGUGGCCCUGAGCUCUGACUCGGAGGGUGAAUGA